GCGGAAGUCUUCAUUCAGGUAGAGCUACAGCAGCAGCGCCGGUUGCUUCGGCGACACUUGUCGUUACCUCUGACUAACUGUAAACGUUAGCUCGGCUCGGGCCGUGUGGGUCAGGUCGGUGCUUUACCUUCCUUCUUUGCUUGUACGGUAAAUAUUAUGGCGGCCGCGAAUCCACGGUCCUCGAGUGAUGGCGGCCCGGCCAGCAGAGGAGGAUUCUCGGCCGGGGAGAGCAGCAACGACGGGUCGGGCGGCAGCAGCGGCGGCGGCAGCGGAGAGGGCGAACGGGAGCGGGACCGGGCCACCUUCGAGUGCAACAUUUGUUUGGACACUGCCAGGGACGCUGUCAUCAGUAUGUGCGGCCACUUGUUCUGCUGGCCCUGUCUUCAUCAAUGGUUAGAGACACGGCCCAGCAGGCAGCAGUGUCCUGUAUGUAAAGCUGGAAUCAGCAGAGAGAAAGUCAUCCCACUGUACGGCAGAGGGAGCUCCAGCCAAGAGGACCCCAGGUUGAAAACUCCACCUCGGCCUCAGGGACAGAGAACAGAGCCAGAGAGCAGAGGCGGGAUGUUCCAGGGUUUCGGGGACACUGGCUUUCACAUGUCUUUUGGCAUCGGUGCUUUCCCCUUCGGCUUCUUCACCACAGUCUUCAACACCAACGACCCCUUUCACAGAGCAGAUCAGUAUGCAGGUGAUCACCAAGGCAACGGUAACCUCAACAACGGCAAUAACAACUGGCAAGAUUCCCUCUUCCUGUUCGUGGCCAUCUUUUUCUUCUUCUGGCUGCUGAGCGUGUGAUGGAGAGACGGGAUGGGAUGAAUGAAUGAAUGAAUGGAUGGACAGACGGACACACGAGUGGAUCACUGGGAGGGAGGAGCGCAAAAAAAAAAAGUAACAAAAAAAACAAACAAACAAACAAAACAAAAAAACAGAUUUCACACACUUAACUCGAGCCACAGACACACACUCAUGUUACAUUUUCCAGCAGGUACUAAACUUGGGAGAGAGUGUAGCACUGUGUUUGAUCCUAAAAGGAGAACCACAGGAAUUUGGUUUUCUUCUCCUCCUGGAAACGACAGAUUCACUUUAGGGAUAUACUCAGCCCCACCCACCUGCUUCUUUUAUUGUUUAUGCAAGAAACACACACAAAAAAUUGGUGUUGCGUGAAUUCAAAAUAAAUCAUGUUAGCUCUCCAUCUCUAGACACACACACACGCACACCUGUAGAUAUAUGCACACCGAAAAAUAUAGGCGGACACUUAAGUUGAAGGGGUUCAGAGUCAGUAUUAUGUGACUAGGGUGAGCUAUGGUAAGGAUUUUUGUUUGUUCAUGUGUGUGAGUGUGUGUGUUUGUCGAGCGCUGCAGAAGAGAGAUGGGUGGAGGAAAGUUCCAGGCAGUGACUAACUCUGUUUUGGUUUACAUCUGUCUUCGAAGAGUCAGCAGUUUAUUCCUUAAACAGAGAGAGGGAGGACGGUUGUGGAAAGUUGAGGGAGGGGUAUGAAAUAACACAAUAGUUGCUGUAGCAGCUAUUUCUUACUCUAAAAGGCCAAAGAGUAGUGGAUCAGUCACACACGAUGUCGGGGGUGAAAAAUGUCAUUAAAUCGUUCCUGUUUACAGUUUCCUCGUGAAAUGAACAAGUACUCCUAGAUUUGCGACUUGCUCUUAAAAGCAGACUGACAUAUAGAAAUAGCACAGAUGGAUGCAUUUUUAUAUACAUUUGUCUUAACAAAAACUGCCAUUGCACUGUGAAGUCAUUUGUAGAUAGAGCUGUCCUAAAGAUCGGAGUGUGGUGCUGGUGUGGAACCACUUGUUGCUCCUUUUCCCACAAAGCUGUACUAACAUGGACGGGUGCACCCAUCAAGGGCCAGUGUAGGAGAAUUUUGUAUCAUCAUGAGCAACUUGAGAGAAUAAAAAAUAAUCUGACACACACAGUUUGUUGAUGACAGAGCGAACUGUCAUGACAGAGAAGCUCUGGGUGAUAAAGUAGCUUGAUGGGAUGCUACGCAAUACAUCAUGACAGCGAGAGGAGUCAAUGCAGCGUAACAAGUGGGGAGAAUCCAUUCAGUUAGCCAUGGAGGUGAAAAGGUCAGCACACAGCUGAUGAGCAACAGUUCAAUGAACUGUGCCCCAGUAUGAUUAUAAAAUGUAAAACACACUUCUUUCUGUCAGUUGAUUUUUUUUUUUUUUUUUUUUUUUCCUGACUAAAUGUGUCUGUGUGUCUGAGUGAGUGUGUAUACAUUAUAUAUUUGUAUAUAUGAAUAUUGUAAAUGCUGUUUUUACGUGUUUCUGACUGGAUGACCAGCCAUAGAGAGCAGGAGAGGACGAGAGGUGUGAGUAGGCCUCAAGAUGCUUUUGUAAAGCAAGAAACCAUCUGGUUCCUGGUUUCCAUAACUCCUGUGUUUUAUUUUUGAAAAGGCGUGCAGCCUGAGGUUAAAAACUACGCUCUCAUAAGGUUAAAUAAAUGUCACAAGAGCAAAAAAGUCUGUCCUUCCCUGUCAAUGUGAUUUGAUAUGAUUCAGCUCAUUUUGCUCUCUUGUAACUGACACAGUGCACAUUAAAGAGCUCCUGUUUUGAGGCAGUUGAGCAAUGUAAAACUACAGUAACAUACAUUCACCUAAAUAUGUGACAACAAAAGAUCCAGAUUCAGCUUUGUGUUUGAUUUUCACCCGGAGAUAGGAAAAUGGUCCAGUUUUGGCUCUAAAGAGAACUCCACCGAUUUAGCAUCGCACUUCUGUUACGUUGGACUCAAUGGAUGGUUUUAAAAAGUAUCCGAAUUGAUACAGCAGAACACAUUCUUCUUCCUUGUUAAAACCUGGUGCCCAACAUUACCCACAGUGCAACUCGUGGCUAGUUCGCUAUUGGCCAAUGUAGUCUCGAGCUGCUAGUCACAAGCAGCUGCUGCCUUCAGUUUCCUUUGGACAACAAAAGGCUUUAUACUACUUUUUUUUCACAUAUGCAGCAGUACCAGCCCAAGACCUGUUAACAGACUUUGAUUUGUAAAAUCAGUGGAGUUUCCCUUUAACUUGUGUUAAACUGGAUGGAUUGAAUCAGGUCUGAGGCACUUCAACAUUCACACCAGGGUCAGAGAUGAAACUCAAGGUCCUCUGUGGGAUGGACAGGAUGGCUGUUGGGGCUCGUCAUUUCUUGCAUACCUGUCUGUCCAGCUACACUUUGUAUUAAGAGGGUUAAGUGAUACUAGAACAAAGUGGUGGAGUCUUGACAGACUGAACCUGGAGACAUUGUGCAAAACCAAAUGGUCUAGGAGAUUAAAACUUGAUAAAAUCA